AUGUAUUCUGUUGUCUUCGUCACCGAAAAUAUUUUUCGAUGGGGUCCAUGGCUCUUCGUCGGCGGUGCUGUAACCGUGUUCGUUGGCUAUUUGACAGUGCAACUCCAGAAUCUCAAAAAGAUUGCUUCGCAAAACCAGGAGAUUCUGAAAAUGCUCACGAAGGAUCAAAAUUCAGAGCAUGAGCAAUCUACAAUGAUCCAAACGGCAAACCAAGGGUUCGUGGAAGAUGAAUAUUCAGAGCAAUCUUCCGAGUACCAGAUUCCAGAAUUCAUUGAUUCGGAUUUGGAAUCGGAAUGCGAUUCGUUGCGAACUGGGUCCUCAGGUUACAAUACCGAUCCAGAAAUUGAUUACGAUUGGGAAUACUUCAAGAUCAUGAAUGCACCGACUGGACCAGUUCCAUCCGAUCAAGUCAUUCUUUGUUUCACAUGCAAAAUCUCUGGAUGCUAUCUCAAAGCAAUUGUCGAUGAAGAUCAUACUGUAGUUCACAUGAUGACUUAUGAAAACACUUUGGACAACAAAUGGGAAUGGAAGGAUACGACCUGUAUCACUUGUAUUCAAAAGGUCCGAGAGAUUUUGGCUGAUGGAGGGUGCCCAAUACCAUUUGCAAUCGAUUUGAUGAAUGAGACGAUGGAUUAUGCUUUCUGGGGAGCCGUGAAGGAAGAAUCCGAAGAAGAGGCCAAUGAAGAAGAAGUCAUCAAGAAGCCAAUUCAACCACUCUCCGACUUCGAAGGAUUUUUAUUCAGCGAACCAGAGUAUGACCGAGUCAAGUCAUUUUGCGGCCAUUUGUCAUGCCUGCUCAUCGAGGCGAUUGACGAGAAACAAGCUGUCGAACGGUUCGAUUUGAUUGUUUUUGCCGAUGGACAGUCCGAUGAGACCAUUGUUCAGGUGUUAAUCAUGCCCAAAUCAUUCAUUCGACUCGGCGGUUCUACUACCGAACGGUCGUAUUUUUAUUCUCUCCCAACUUCUACAAUCAUGAAUCCUGUUGUCUUCGUCACCGAUAAUAUUUUUCGAUGGGGUCCAUGGCUCUUCGUCGGCGGUGCUGUAACCGUGUUCGUUGGCUAUUUGACAGUGCAACUCCAGAAUCUCAAAAAGAUUGCUUCGCAAAACCAGGAGAUUCUGAAAAUGCUCACGAAGGAUCAAAAUUCAGAGCAUGAGCAAUCUACAAUGAUCCAAACGGCAAACCAAGGGUUCGUGGAAGAUGAAUAUUCAGAGCAAUCUUCCGAGUACCAGAUUCCAGAAUUCAUUGAUUCGGAUUUGGAAUCGGAAUGCGAUUCGUUGCGAACUGGGUCCUCAGGUUACAAUACCGAUCCAGAAAUUGACUACGAUUGGGAAUACUUCAAGAUCAUGAAUGCACCGACUGGACCAGUUCCAUCCGACCAGGUGCUUCUUUGUUUCACAUGCAAAUUCUCUGGAUACUAUCUCAAAGCAGUUGUCGAUGAGGAUCAUACUGUAGUUCACAUUAUGACUUAUGAAAAGAUUUCGGACAACCAAUGGGAAUGGAAAGAUACCACAUGUGACACUUGUAUUCAAAAGGUCCGAGAGGUUUUGGCUGAUGGAGGGUGUCCGAUCCCAUUUGCAAUCGAGUUGAUGGAUGAGACUAUCGCUUAUGAUGUCGUGAAAGAAGUAUCUGAAGAAGAAGAUGCGAAUGAAGAAGACGUCAUCGAGAAACCAAGUCAACCAUGUUCCGAUCUCGAAGGAUUUUUAUUUAGCGAACAAGAGUAUGAGUAUGAUUACGAAGCAAUUCUCAUCGAGUAG